CAUUCGUACCCCGUCUGCACUCCCACUGCCGACUCCGGCGACAACCAUGGCCACUCGCCGGAGCCCAGGCACCACCGCCCACCACCGCCUCCUCCUACUCUUCCUCCCCUUCCUGCUAAUUUCCUCGUACUUCCUCCCCUCCGCCUCCGCCUACCGCCCCGGCGACAUCGUCCCCAUGCUCCGCUCCGGCCAGUACCACGGCUCCAGGUCGGUGUGGUUCGACGUCAUCGGCCGCCACUGCCCGUCCUUCGCGGUCAACCGGGAGGUGCUGAUGCCGAUCCCCAAGCCCACGGGGUUCACUGGCGCGGAUCCGUAUAAGAUAACCUUUCAGAUUGGACACGAAAAGUUCCAUCUUCCUUGGCUGUAUGUUAUAAACCGCAAAAGCUCUCAAGUUCCACUGAUAGAUUUUCAUUUGAAGUACACUGGAAAUGAUUUACUUGGUGUUACGGCCAAAGUGGUGGACAUGCCUCAGCAUUUUUUGGAACUUCAUCCUGACAUAAAGAAGCAUUUCUGGGAUCCACAGAACUGGCCAAAAUAUGUCCUUGUUAGUUAUACAUGGGAGGAGCAAUCAGAGAUAGAUGUUGCUGGAGGAUUCUAUAUGUUAUUUGGAUCUGGUCUCGUUCUUUCCUUUGUCCUUGCAAUCUAUGUCUUGCAAUCGUCUCAAGAGAAGUUGACAAGGUUUGUGCGAGAAGCAGUUUCUGAUAGCAGCCUACCUGAAGGAGGGAUUGCAAAGGUGGAGUGAUAUUUCCACAAGGGGCUGUUGGCCUAUCGACUAAUCUGCCCACAGAUGGAAACACCGACAAUGAAGUUAUAAACUCAGCGCUGCCAUAUUUCUUGGUCCUGCAGUUUCUGCCUGCUACACAAGAGCGUGCAUCUGAAGAACCAGUUGAUUAGUUGUUAUCCGUGCUUGAACAAAAUUAACUGUUAUGUACUAACAUAUAUCAAGUUGAAGGAGAGACGAAUUGUAGAUUCUUCCUCUUUGUAACAGAACUGUGGGCAAACUGGAGUAUAUGCAGUUGCUAGCUCAUUACA